AUGCCCAGCGAUCUAGACGGACAGAUUGAGCAGCUCAAACGUUGCGAACCAAUAUCUGAAGAGCAAGUCAAGAGAUUGUGUUUGAAAGCCAGAGAAAUCUUGAUUGAAGAGGGCAACGUCCAAGUAAUUGAUUCUCCAGUGACGAUAUGUGGCGACAUACACGGUCAAUUCUUUGAUCUCAUAGAACUAUUCAAAGUUGGGGGUUUUUGUCCAGACACAAAUUAUCUUUUCAUGGGUGAUUUUGUGGACCGGGGCUAUUAUUCUGUAGAAACUUUUCUCCUUCUCCUUGCUCUAAAAGUGCGAUACCCAGAACGCAUAACACUUAUUCGAGGAAACCAUGAGUCGCGACAAAUCACUCAAGUGUAUGGAUUCUAUGAUGAAUGUCAAAGAAAAUACGGCAGCAGCAACGUUUGGAGAUGGUGCUGCGAAGUGUUCGACUAUCUUGCCUUGGGUGCUGUGGUAGACGGACGAGUAUUCUGUGUACAUGGGGGUUUAAGUCCGAAUCUCCAAACAAUCGACCAAAUACGAAGCAUAGACCGAAAACAAGAGGUGCCUCAUGACGGGCCAAUGUGCGACCUACUAUGGUCAGAUCCCGAUGAUAUUUCGGGCUGGGGAUUAUCUCCACGAGGUGCAGGUUUCCUUUUCGGCGCAGAUAUUACCAAGGCCUUUGCCCAUCAUAAUGCCAUAGACCUGAUUGCUCGGGCCCACCAGCUAGCAAUGGAAGGCUUCAAGAUGAUGUUUGACAAUACAAUCGUAACAGUUUGGAGUGCCCCUAAUUAUUGUUAUCGAUGCGGGAACGUUGCGUCAAUAUUACACCUAGACGAACAUUUAAGCCAGGAAUAUAAGGUUUUUUCACAUGCACCAGUGGAUGUUCGCUCUGUGCCUGCGAAACGCCCUCCGGCAGACUACUUUCUUUAG